GUUUUUGCGCCUUGCGACAAAAACAUCGCGAGCUGAAGCGGAAAAAUAAACGAUCCGUCAAGAUACAAAUAUUGCAAGAGGUGUGAUUUGUUAAUUGCAAGCCAAAUAUCUGAACGUUAUACGUGGAUCAAAGUUUGUUUCCAAAAUGGCAUCCGGCGGCUUGACAUGCGUCAAAUACAUAACCUUUUUUUGCAAUUUGCUGUUUGCGCUGACUGGUCUGCUCAUCCUGAUGGUGGGCGCCAUGGUGCAGCUGAACUAUGCGCAUUACUCGAAUUUUGUCAGUGAUCAUAUAUGGACCGCACCCAUUAUACUGAUGGUUGUUGGCGCCGCUGUGGCCUUCAUCUGUUUCCUGGGCUGUUGUGGUGCCUUGAAGGAGAACAGCUGCAUGAUACUCAGCUUUGCCAUACUGGCUGUGGUUAUUUUCCUCCUGGAGAUUGGUCUUGGUGUUGCGGGCUAUAUCAAGCACUCGGGCCUGCAACAGUUGAUGGAAACCCAAUUCAAUACGACCAUGAAGCAUUAUAAGGAUCGGGAUGAUUAUCGCGAUGCCUGGACUCUGUUGCAAACCGAACUGGACUGCUGUGGCACCUAUGAACCCAACGAUUGGGAGGCCAUCUUUCCCAACAAGACACUGCCGCCGGCCUGCUGCAAAGUGAUCAAUCUGAGCGAGGCCAAGGAGUGCACCACAUUGCAUUCUGUACAGGAGGGCUGUCUGCACAAGCUGUUGGGCAUAAUCGACUCCAAGACUCUGAUAUUGGCCAGUGUGGUGCUCUCCGUUGCGGGCAUACAGCUGCUUACUAUACUAUUUGCCUGCUGCUUGUAUCGUUCGUUUCGCCGCAGCUACGAUCACGUUUAGGCUGCGCAGCGAGGAUCCCAUCUAUCGAUUUUAAAAUGGCAAACGCCAGUUUCGUAGCUUUGUAGUAGUUUUGGUCACAUGCAUGCGAAAUGCCUGCCUCGUUGCAGUCUCGUCGAUAAGAAAAUAUAUAUAAAUAUAAGUAACACAUACCAACUCACUCAAUAAUCACACACAAUCCAAUCCAUAUGUCAAUCACAAGACCAAUCUUUUAGUUUGUUACUACUUGUUAAUGUUAUUUCCUUGGCUCAGUUGCGCUGAGCUCUAUGAUUAAGCUAUAUACAUACAUAUAUCUCAAAGUUUUCUAUUAUCCAAAAAACUUAUUAUUUGAAACACUCCGCUCAAAAGCUAAAUAUUCCUGCACUCUGUAUAUUUUGAAGACUAAUUUUUUAAAUAUAUUUUAUUAUAUUAAGUGAAAGUAAUGAUAUUAUUUGUAUUUGAAAUUAUUGCCACAUCCUCAUUCGCCAAAAUUGCAUUCCACCGCCACACAUGCCCAUAUGUGUAGAUCAUCUAUAUAUACUAUAUAUACUGACUGUUUCGAAAUUCAUUCAUCAUUUCAUCGGUUUACAAAGUGUCCUUGAAACAACUUUUUAUAUGUAGAAAUUUAAUGGCAUUCGAAUUCUAAAUGUAUUUGCGUGUGCCUCAGUGUAUGUGUGUGUGGCAAACUCCCUAAAAACCAACCCACCAUUUGCUACUUGUUUUGAUAUACCCCAUAUACUACCUAGUAAUUUAUUAUACAAGGUAUAUUAAGAGAACACUGCAUUUUACACACACACACUCAUAAAUAUUUUAGCAACACACAAAUAUAUAAGUAUACGUAUAUGAAUAUUUAUGUGACAGUAACUUGUAUCGAAACAAAAAAAAAAGACAAAACUUGGGAGAAUUUGAAUUUUACAUAUCUUGUCAACUCCUGAAGAAUGAAACUGUUUAAAUAUCGAAUUUACAGUUUGAAAUCGAACAACAUAAAUUAAUUGAAAUGCAUAUUGCAUAUUUUGUCUCGAAAAAAUCGCGAUUUUCAAAAACGACCACAAAACAUCAAAUAUCUCAAUUCAAUGAACUCAAUGUUAGAUGACUAAAAUGCAAUAAGUUUAUAAGUAAUUUGUCUUAAAAUGCAACAACUCAGCACGAUAUAUUAAUAAUCAUGUGGUUUUUAAAUAUGUAUGUAUCUUAAAUAUAAGAUCUGAGUUUAACCGAUUGUGCAGCACUGAAAAACUUAAAAAUCAAUAAAAGAACAAUUGAAAAUAAAA